AUGGCAGAGGUUGGGUCCAAGUCAGUGUUGUUCGUGUGUCUUGGUAACAUUUGCCGGUCACCCAUUGCAGAAGCAGUUUUCAGAAAAGUGGUAACUGAUGAAAAUGUUUCUGACAAUUGGGCCAUUGACAACAGCGCUGUUUCCAACUGGAACGUGGGCCAGCCCCCAGACCCAAGAGCUGUCAGCUGCCUAAGAAAUCAUGGCAUUAGCACAGCCCAUAAGACAAGACAGACUACAAGAGAAAACUUUGCCACUUUCAAUUAUAUACUAUGUAUGGAUGAAAGCAACCUGAGAGAUUUGAACAGAAGAAGUAAUCAAGUUAAAAACUGCAAAGCUAAAAUUGAGUUACUUGGGAGCUAUGAUCCACAGAAACAACUCAUUAUUGAAGAUCCUUAUUAUGGCAAUGAUUCUGACUUCAAAGUGGUGUACCAGCAAUGCCUCAGGUGCUGCAAGGCCUUCCUGGAGAAGACUCACUAGAUGGUCCUGCCCACCACCAUUGAGCAACUCACUCACCAGAGCCAUGCCCAAGGGUGGUGGCAGUCCUUAGCCCCGUGCCCCACCUG